AUUUAUUUUCAUUUUGAAUGGAGAAGAAAGAGAUAGUUGAAAGAAAAAAGAAGACCUCUACUUCUAUAAGCUUUAGACUGAGAGUUGUGUGAAGAUCACAAGCAGUCCAGCAAUAUGGUUUCCGGCACAGUAACAUCAGAACAUGGUUGUGAUCGGGAUGAGUUUGACAGAGAUAACCGAGAAACAGCCGAGUCGGUGUCACUCGACUGUAAGGAAGACUCUUGUUGUUUAAGAGUGAAAACUGAUCCUGUUGCUAUUGAGCAUGAUGCUAAUAUAGCAGCACCAGUGUCUUCACAUUUGGAUGAUGUUAACAGAAUUAAAGUGUCUUCAAAAUUGCUCAUUUCUGAAGAGAGUAAAUCAUCUGACGGUUUAGAGAAGACAGAUGGGUGCAGGGGAAAAUCAGUGUCUUCAGAUUUGGAAGAUGUUACCAGAAUUAAAGUGUCAUCAAAAUUACUCACUGUGAAAGGUCCGAAGUCAACGGAAUUACUCAAUUCCGAAACUCGUAAAUCAUUUGAAGAUUUACAGAAGACAUAUGGGUGCUGGGUAAAGUCAGAAUCGCUACCUCCAUUCAGUGAUCUUUCAUGUUCAUUGUGGGCAGAUUACCAGAGCACUGACAAUCUAGAAAAAGACAAUCCUAGUGAUGCUGUUAAUCAAAGAUUACAUGAACCUAUAUCAAGAGAACAUAUUGCAAAAUGUGAACCAAAACAUAAUACUGAUCAAAUUGAUACAACAUCUGCUGAGGUAGGUUCAAUUCAGGAUACAGGAAUGGAUUCCUUUCAAAAUAUUUCACGUAAGGAAAAUAAUUCUGCUGAAAUUUGGACUAAAGACAUAGCUAACCUAGGACCAAGUCUUAUAGCAUCAGAAAGCAGUCCAGAUAUUGUAGAGAAGAAAGAUAAUACUGAUGACAUUUGUCCUUUGGCAGUAGAGGGCAAUCCAAAGUUUGAACUUGAAACGGAAAAUGCUGGUGAUAUAUGUACGGAAGAUGCAGCUGGUGUCAAAAUAAAUUUGCCUGUGUCAUUACAACACAAUCCAAAUUCUACAGCUGUAUCUAAAUAUCUAUCAGACAUAUGUACCUUGCCAUCUGUCCCAGGGUCAGCAGUGAGUUCCUUGUCAUCAGUUCCUGAUGACGUCUCUACCUCUUGUUCUAUCUGUGGAAAGGAGUUUUACUCAUCUCGCUACAUCGAAGGACACAUGCGAACUCACACCGGAGAAAAACCGUUUCAUUGUCGUGUGUGCGGUCGGGGAUUUUCCCUCAGCCAGAACAUGUCGAAGCACAUGAGAAUUCACACUGGGGAGAAGAAUUACAACUGUCCCCACUGCGGGAAGCUGUUCCGCGACAGCCAGUCGAUGAAGCGGCACACACGGAUUCACACCGGAGAGAUGCCAUACAAGUGUGACGUGUGCGCACAGAGCUUCAGAUACAGGGAGAUGUACAUCCAACACAUGAAAGACCACUCGUUUCUUGUCACACAGCGCCGAAAGGGACGACCACGUAAUCCGGUUCCUAGUAGCAGCAGCAAGCAGUUGGAAAAUGUUAAAGAUAGAGAUUGGAUUGCUAAGAAUGUGUUUCAGGAAUCAUUAAAACUGACGAACGACAUGGCAGUGUCCAGUAACAGUGGCACGCCAUUGGAAAAUGUUAAACAUGGAGAUGUGAUUACUAAGAAUGUGCUUCAGGAAUCAUUAAAACUGAUGAACGACAUGACAGUAUCCAGUAGCAGUAGCAAGCCGUUGGAAAAUUUUAGAGCCGGAGAUGUUAAUGCCAAAAAUAAUGAGGAAAUGGGUAUUAACCAGGUUGUCACAAAUUGUAGUGAUACCAGUACUUUGAUACAGAGUGCGUCGGGAAUCGGUAAAGCUGGCAAAAGACGUGACAGUCUUGCUAAAGAUUCGAACAAGAAAGGCAAGCGGAAGCGGAAGCGAAAGUCUACAGGUGAUAAUUCGAAGAAGAAGCCUAAUAUUGGAAGCAGCGAAUACGUUAUGUCUUGCAUGGAUAUUCUGAACUCGAUAGAACAGAGCAAGUUCCAGAUGUGGGCUGCAUGGCAGCAGCAGUUGUUAUAUGCUCACCAUGUUGCUGCGCCUGCAGAUGAGGCACUCAACUUGUCCACACCUAAAGCACCUGCUGUUAAUGGUCAUUACCACAAAGCAGUAGAUACAAAAACUAGCUCUGUAUUUUCUGCUACAAAGGAAAAAGGUAGUAAAAACAAAAGGAAACCAUAUACAGCUUUAAAGCAUAAAGCAUCAUAUUUAUCCUGUUUUGGCAGUGAUAUAUUCCGUGACAAAAAUGGAUCAGUAGAUGUUUUUCUACCAUCUGUUGCUUUGGAUCUAACAGUGUCAUCUGUAUCUCGUCUUACGACUGAAGCAUCAUCUGUAAGAUUAACACCUGCAUAUUCUACCGAAAAGCAAAUGACUUUCCCUAAAGACAAAGACAACAUAUCGGCAAAUUCACAGUUUAUGGUAUCUUCACCAGUUACAGCUGAUGCACCAAAUAUUGAUUCUACCAAUUCUGUAGCUGUGUGUAUGCAAGGAAUUGAAACUGAUUUGCAAGAAGAUGAAAAUUUAGUCAAUGCUAUAGGACAAUCUCGGAAUAACAGUACUAAUUCUGUUGCUAGAAGAUGUGGUGAACCAUUAAAUGAAGAGUUUACAGUUCCAGAUAUUGUCGACGCUCCAGUAACAUCCAAAGAAGACACUAAUGUGAUAAGAGCUGUGAACAUUUCACAUCUUGAGUUGUCAUCUGAGUUUUCGAAUGAUACAAGAACAUCUGAAAAGAAAUACGGUAUAUCUGUUUCUCAGCUAAAGGAUGCCAAAAUAUGUAGUGAUGUUUUGUUACAAGUACCAAAUGGAUUGAAAUCACAGUAUCUUCAUUCAAAUUGUGAAAAAUCUGUUCCCCAGGAUCUAGUGGUCACAGUCCAAAAUCUGCCAAUGGUUCAUCCUCAUGAACUUGAUAUCAGACAGGAUAAAGCAGCUGAUCAGAAAAAUGGCACCUCAGAGUGUAAUAAGGAGUUUUGUGAUAACUCAUUUGUCGGAAGUAGUGCAGCAGAAUUCAAUGUGCAAUGGCCAGUAGGUGCAUUAGGUUUACCAAAUACUCAGCUUACAAAAAAUGCAGCUUCACAAAAUACUGCUUCUCCCACAGGAUUAACCGCAAAUGAUACUCGUCCUGCUACUAGUUUUCAAGAAGGUACAACUUCACAAGAUACUCCAAUUUUCCAUAAUACUCAACAUCCCAAAGAUGCUGCUUCUCCCAGAGGUUUGACUGCAAAUGAUACUCAUCCUGCUACUCAUUUUCAAGAAGGUACAACUUUACAAGAUAAUCCAAUUUUCUAUAAUACUCAACAUCUCAAAGGUUCAAGCUACUAUGAUAUUAAUCUUCCAAAAGUUACAAAUUCACAUCAAUGUCUAGAAGUAACUGCAAAUGAUGCUACUCAUUUUCAAGAAGCACAAGAUACUCCAAUUUUCUAUAAUACUAAACAUCCCAAAGGUUCAAGCUACUAUGAUAGUAAUCUUCCAAAAGUUGCAAGUUCACAUCGGCGUCUAGAAGUAGUUGUGUGUGAAUGUGAACUAUGUGGAAAGAGAGUGAAGAGUCGAAGCUACCUGCUGAUCCACAUGAGGACGCACACUGGCGAACGGCCUCACAAGUGCAGCGUGUGUGGGCAGGGAUUUGCUGUUUCGCAAAACAUGUACAAGCACAUGCGCAUUCACACGGGGGAGAAGAGAUAUUCGUGUGUGCACUGUGGCAGGGUGUUUCGCGACAGUCAGUCGAGGAAUCGACAUGUCCGGCUGCACACGGGUGAGAAACCAUACAGGUGCGACGUCUGUGGAGACAUGUUUUUGUACAAGCACAAACUGGAUAAUCACAACAAGAAACAUCACUUGCAGAAAAGAAACAUGCAGUCCGGGGUUUCACAGAAAGUCAAGACUAGUAUGGUAACAGAGGAAUCAGUCGGUUUUGAAGCUUUACAGAAAUCCAGUGCUGAUGUUAUUCCUUUAAAAUCCAGCAGUGUUGAAGUUCCAUUCAGAACCGACAGUUGCGACAUGAUUCGUAAAACGAUCACAAAUAUAACUCAGAAACUCAGCAGUGAAUCAGAUCCACAGAAAUCCAGUGGUAUUGGAAUUAGAAAAAAAUCUAGAAUUCAGAUGCUUCCACAAAAAAACAUGGGUCAUGAAUCAACAAGUCUAGCAGAAUCACAAGCGUCCAGUUACCACAUUAAUAACAGAUUAGGCAGUCAUCCACUUCAACUGAAAUCCAACGGUCAUGUAGUUGAAUUGAACCAUAACCCACUUCCAAUGAAAACCAACGGUCAUGUAGUUGAAUUGAACCGUAACCCACUUCCAAUGAAAUCCAACGGUCAUGUAGUUGAAUUGAACCAUAACCCACUUCCAAUGAAAUCCAACGGUCAUGUAGUUGAAUUGAACCGUAACCCACUUCCAAUGAAAUCCAACGGUCAUGUAGUUGAACUAAGCCGUCAAGAGAUUCUACGCAAAUCCAGUUACAACAGGUUACCUUGGGUACCUCAUUGUGAUGUCGGUGAGUCGAAGUUCACACAUAGCAAAGGUUUGUUGAAUCACCAGAACGCGCCACUAAAACAAGAAAAUUGCUGCACCAUCUGUGAGAAAGAAUUUGAUACGGGGGAAUUGCUAGAUAAGCACUUAAAGAGUCACAGUGGAUGUCUGUUGGAACCAGGGUGUCAUAUAUGUUGUGAGUGUGGUGAAGUGUUUGAUUACAAGGCAGAGCUUCUAACCCAUGUACUUAUGCAUAAACUAGAAGAUACUUUACAGUGAGUUAUUUGUCAGGAAAACUUUUACGUUUAGCCAUCAUCUUGAUUUAAAGAUUCAUGUGAAUGUGUGCCAAUAGAACUAUGACUUUGUGAGGAGCAUCUGUGAGGAGACGUAGCCAUUAUUGUAUUGAGACAAUGUGAGUGAUUGACAGACAAAUACAUUGAUGAGGUAAUCUCAGACACUGGUUACACUCAAUCGUACAUAAUGUACAGUGGAACCUCUCAAGACCGGACCCUCUGUAAACCGGAAUUCCCUCAAAACCGGAUGUUUUACAAUCUUUCUAAAAAAAUUUUACCUCUCUAAACCGGAUCCCUCUAAAAACUGGACAUUUGUCUUGGUCCCAAGGGUGUCCGAUUUAGAGGGUUUUCACUGUACAUAACAGUGAAUGGUACAGAUAGUAAAUAUAAUAAAUAAUGACAAGAGGGGAAGAGCAAGCAAAUAGGCAAAAACGGGCGGUGGCGAUCGUACAGUUUCUAUAAAGUAUCCCAUUUUGAAGCAUGUUCAUCACAUUAAUAACACUAAGAACCGGUUUUACAAAACGUAAUUUUUCGUUUCCAGUUAGCUGUAACGUUUGUAGUCCCAAUUUUCAGAGCGAGUUUAAAGAUCCACAGGGCCUGUAGCACAAAUAGCGGCGUGCCUUCCCAGGAUAUAUAUUUUGCAACCCCCUCGGGGAGAGGGGAAAAUAAAUGUACACAUCACCGCGGAGCUCCCUGAAACUCGGGCCUCGUAGCACGUGCUACUAGGAUAAACUGGCUCUGUCUGUUUUGCUAAGAAGACUAUGUCGAUAUGAAAUUUGGAUCAGUUGGGAUGUAUAUUUCAAAGUUUAUUAUUUGUAGUUUGUUGCAAUACCAGUAGUUUUCAGUUGUAUAUUCAAAUUAUACAUUAAACACCAUUCUUAUUUUUUAA